AUGACGACUUUUCUCCCUCCAUAUGUAGCGCCUGAACAGGCCGUGGACGACCAGGUGGAAGACCACAGCCACCACCCUGCCCACCACUCAGUCCACAGACGCCUUCGCGCCAGCUCAACCAUCAUGCAUUUCACCAAGAUUCUCGUGGCCAACCGUGGAGAAAUCCCCAUUCGCAUCUUCCGUACCGCUCACGAGCUCUCCCUCCAGACCGUCGCCGUCUACAGCUACGAGGACAGACUGAGCAUGCAUCGCCAAAAGGCCGAUGAGGCCUACGUUAUUGGCAAGAGGGGCCAAUUCACCCCCGUCGGAGCCUACCUUGCUGGUGAUGAGAUUAUCAGGAUCGCUGUUCAGCAUGGUGUUCAACUUGUUCACCCUGGCUACGGCUUCUUGUCGGAAAAUGCAGAGUUCGCGCGAAACGUUGAGAAAGCGGGGCUGGUGUUUGUGGGCCCAACCCCGGACACUAUUGAUGCUCUGGGUGAUAAGGUUUCUGCGCGACGUCUAGCCGUCAAAUGCGGUGUCCCUGUCGUCCCAGGUACACCUGGCCCCGUUGGGAGGUUCGAGGAGGUCAAGGCAUUCACGGAUGAGUAUGGCUUUCCCAUCAUCAUCAAGGCGGCCUUUGGUGGUGGCGGGCGCGGUAUGCGAGUGGUCAGAGACCAGGAGAGUCUACGUGACUCCUUUGAGCGCGCGACUUCAGAAGCCAAGGCCGCCUUCGGCAACGGAACCGUCUUCGUGGAACGCUUUUUGGAUAAGCCAAAGCACAUCGAGGUGCAGCUGUUAGGUGAUAACCAUGGCAAUAUCGUCCACUUGUACGAGCGUGAUUGCAGCGUCCAACGUCGUCAUCAGAAAGUUGUCGAGAUUGCGCCCGCCAAGGAUUUACCCGUCGAGGUACGCGAUAGCAUUCUGGCUGAUGCGGUGAAGCUUGCCAAGUCGGUUAACUACCGCAAUGCGGGCACGGCGGAGUUCCUUGUUGACCAGCAGAACCGCUAUUACUUCAUCGAAAUCAACCCUCGUAUCCAGGUCGAGCAUACCAUCACUGAGGAAAUCACUGGUAUUGAUAUCGUUGCCGCCCAGAUUCAGAUCGCUGCCGGUGCCUCUCUCGAACAGCUGGGCUUGACGCAGGAGCGCAUCUCAACCCGCGGUUUCGCUAUCCAAUGCCGUAUCACCACUGAAGACCCCACGAAGGGUUUCCAGCCCGACACAGGUAAGAUCGAAGUGUACCGUUCCUCCGGCGGCAACGGAGUGCGUCUCGAUGGCGGCAAUGGCUUCGCCGGUGCCAUAAUCACUCCGCACUACGAUUCUAUGUUGGUCAAGUGCACAUGUCGUGGCUCUACGUAUGAGAUUGUACGACGCAAGAUGUUGCGCGCCCUCAUUGAGUUCCGCAUUCGUGGAGUCAAGACUAACAUUCCAUUCUUGGCUUCCGUUCUGACACACCCUACCUUCAUCGAUGGAAAUUGCUGGACCACUUUCAUCGACGACUCCCCCGAGCUUUUCUCUAUGAUUGGCAGCCAGAAUCGUGCGCAGAAAUUGCUUGCGUAUCUGGGUGACGUGGCUGUUAAUGGGAGCAGGAUUAAGGGACAGAUUGGCGAGCCUAAGUUCAAGGGUGAGAUUAGCAUGCCUAUCAUGGUUGAUGAGAGCGGUAAUCCCGUGGAUGUUACGGUUCCUUGUACGCAUGGGUGGAAAAUGAUUAUUGAUGAGCAGGGCCCUGCUGCUUUCGCCAAGGCUGUUCGCGCGAAUAACGGCUGCUUGAUCAUGGAUACUACAUGGAGAGAUGCACAUCAGUCUUUGCUGGCUACCCGUGUGCGGACGGUGGAUUUGUUGAACAUUGCCAAGGAGACGAGCUAUGCAUAUUGCAAUGCUUACAGCUUGGAAUGUUGGGGUGGUGCUACUUUUGACGUGGCAAUGAGAUUCCUUUAUGAGGAUCCGUGGGAUCGUCUGAGGAAACUGAGGAAGGCUGUGCCUAACGUUCCCUUCCAGAUGUUGCUGCGUGGGGCAAAUGGUGUUGCGUACUCUUCGCUGCCUGAUAAUGCCAUCUACCAUUUCUGCAAGCAGGCCAAGAAAUACGGCGUGGACAUCUUCCGCGUAUUUGAUGCACUCAAUGAUAUCGAUCAACUCGAGGUUGGCAUGAAGGCCGUCGCAGCUGCUGGUGGUGUCAUUGAAGCUACCAUCUGCUACAGCGGUGACAUGUUGAAUCCCCACAAGAAAUACAACUUGGAUUAUUACCUCAGCCUGGUGGACAAGGUCGUUAAAAUCGGAACCCAUGUUCUGGGGAUCAAAGAUAUGGCUGGCGUCCUGAAGCCUCAAGCUGCCACACUCCUGAUCGGAGCGAUCCGUAAACGAUACCCAGACCUCCCUAUCCACGUACACACCCAUGACUCCGCCGGUACCGGCGUUGCAUCCAUGGUCGCCUGUGCACAGGCAGGUGCUGAUGCCGUCGACGCCGCUACAGACAGCAUGUCCGGCAUGACCUCCCAACCUAGCGUUGGCGCCAUACUCGCCUCUCUCGAAGGCACGGACCUUGAUCCAAAACUUAACAUCCGCAACGUGCGCGCCAUAGACUCCUACUGGGCUCAACUCCGCCUCCUCUACUCACCCUUCGAAGCUGGCCUGACUGGUCCAGACCCAGAAGUCUACGAUCAUGAAAUCCCCGGCGGGCAACUUACCAACCUGAUCUUCCAAGCCCAUCAGCUUGGUCUUGGAGCUCAAUGGGCUGAGACGAAGAAGGCAUAUGAGCAAGCUAACGAUUUACUUGGCGACAUCGUGAAAGUUACUCCUACAUCGAAGGUCGUCGGUGACCUUGCUCAAUUCAUGGUUUCCAACAAACUGACCCCCGACGACGUCGUCGCCCGCGCAGGAGAGCUCGACUUCCCCGGCUCCGUCCUUGAGUUCUUCGAGGGCCUCAUGGGUCAGCCAUACGGCGGGUUUCCCGAACCACUCCGCUCCCGCGCCCUCCGAAAUCGCCGUAAGCUCAACAGUCGUCCCGGCCUGCAUCUCGAACCGCUCGACCUUGCCAAGAUCAAAGCGAACCUUCUCGAGCAAUUCGGCACAGCCACCGAAUGUGACGUGGCUAGCUACGCCAUGUACCCCAAAGUCUUCGAAGAUUAUCGCAAAUUCGUCGCGAAGUACGGUGACCUCUCCGUCCUGCCUACGAAAUACUUCCUUGCCCGCCCGGAAAUCGGGGAGGAGUUUGCCGUCGAGCUUGAGCAGGGUAAAGUGCUCAUUCUCAAGUUGCUUGCCGUGGGACCGCUGUCGGAGCAGACUGGUCAGCGGGAGGUGUUCUAUGAAAUGAAUGGGGAGGUUAGGCAGGUGACCGUCGAUGACAAUAUGGCUGCGGUUGACGAUACAAGUCGGGUCAAGGUGGAUUUGAGUGAUAGUAGUCAAGUUGGCGCACCAAUGAGUGGGGUUGUUGUGGAGAUUCGGGUACAUGAUGGGUUGGAAGUUAAGAAGGGUGAUCCGUUGGCUGUCUUGAGUGCGAUGAAGAUGGAAAUGGUUAUCUCUGCACCCCAUCAUGGUGUUGUAUCAAGUUUGCUGGUUAAAGAGGGAGAUUCUGUCGAUGGACAGGAUCUUAUCUGUAAGAUUAUCAAGGCUACUUGA